UGUUUCAUCAAGAGAAGAGGAAGGAAGUGUAGUAAAUGCGAGUUUAAAACUAGUGACACUAGUUUCGUUCAAAUACAUAUCUUUGCAGAGAAAGGAAAAAGCGCAAUGGCGUCAAAACGAAAAUCGCAUCCGAUCAAAAUCGCGAGCGAUGAUUUCUUGUACUCAGUGCCUGACGCUCAAGAGCUCGAACCAAAUCGCGAUUAUUUGCCGAGUUUAAACCCAGGCUCGUUAAAUGGUGUAUUUGAGAACUUGGAGGAGAAAAUUGUUGUAAAAAGAAUGGAAAUGAUGAAAAAAGAAGAAGAAAUUGCUGAUCAUGAAGGAAAAAGUUCUGAGAGCGGGUUGGAUGAGAAUGAGAGGAUGCGUGGGAUGAUUUACAGUAUUUAUAAUUUCAUCAUAAACCAGCAUAAAAUGAAGGGGGCAUCUGCACUUCAGCCCCCCUUUACACCAGGGUUCAAUAUCAACCCGGGAUUAACUGGUCUAAAUUUCAACCCGGAGUAUAUCUCUAAAACUGACCCAACCUCUCCUUUCUUUCCCUUGAAACGGGAUCAUUCCGCCCUUUUCGACCAACCUGUGAGAUUCGACGGCCGAUCAGCUAGUGAAUUUAAAAAAGACGAUUUUCGGCACAUGGACGAAUCGUCCCGGGAUGAGGAUAGAUCUGGUCAAAGUAGUCCUGCAGCAUAUUCGGAACUAAAGGGAACCCCUGAGCCGCUAAACCUAUCUGAUGAAUCUCCGCUAGAACUAGAAGAGUCAGCUCCUCUUCUCCUAGACAAGAGUUUAGAUGAUACUCCGCUAAAUCGGAGUUUAGAAGAUACUCCUCUAAACCUUUCAAAAUCUAAACCUGAACCCUCCUCUUCCUUCUCCUCCUUCUCAUCCUUCCAGAGAUUUCAAGAAUUUCAGAGAUCUUCCACCCUUCCUCCCCCUUCCCCACACCUUCUACCCCUCCCCUUCCCGACCUCCUUUCAAAAAUCUAUGAUGAGAAAUUUAUAUCCUUCCCCAUACCUUGACUACUACAGUCAAAUAGGAUUCCUUCCCCAACCACCUUCCUUCUCCUCUCCUCCCUUCACCACCUCCUACCCUUCACCGACCCUCUCCUCUAGCCCGGAAGAAAGACGAAACGACGAUGAAGGGACGAAAUCCGGGACGAAGGUGGUUCGCGAGCGACGCGAGACGGACAGAAACCACAUCAAGCGACCAAUGAACGCGUUCAUGAUCUGGGCAAAGGAUGAACGUAAGAAGAUAUUGAAGACCUGUCCUGACAUGCACAAUUCCAAUAUUUCAAAAAUACUAGGAUCGAGAUGGAAAGGAAUGUCUACAACAGAAAAGCAGUUCUACUAUGAGAAGCAGGCUGAACUAAGUAAACUGCAUAUGGAGAAAUAUCCUGACUAUAGGUACCGACCCCGGCCUAAGAGAACCUGUAUCGUGGACGGGAAGAAGCUAAAGAUCUCGGAGUACAAGGCCCUCAUGAAGACAAGAAGGGAGGAGAUGAAGAGCUUCUGGGGGGAGGAGAAGGGGAGGGAGGAGAGGGGUAUAUGGGGGGAGGAGAAGGGGAGGGAGGAGAAAGGUAUAUGGGGGGAGGAUAAUGAGGAGAAGCGAAUGUGGGAGGAAGAAAGGGGAAAUGAUUAUCAUAUGAUGGAUAAUUAA